CCGCUGCGGGGCUUUUGUUCGCCGCGGGCAGCCCGACGCUCGUCCCGGCUCGGUGGAGGUCCCUUCUCGCCGCCGUUCCCCCCUCCGGCAGCCCCCGGGGCGGGGUCGGAGCCCCUCUCCCCCCCCGGUCGGGGUCGGGUCCCGGCGGCCGGGCCGGGGCCGAGGGGCGAUCGCGCCGCGGACGAUGCGCGGCGGCGGCGGCGGGAGCGGCCCCGGGGCCCCGCGCUCGGGCUCGGACCGCGCCGCGCGCUCCGCCGCAAUGACAGCAGCAGCAGCAGCAGCAGCCCGGGGCGGGCGGGCGGCGGCGUGAGCCGGGGGGAUCGCUGCAGCGCUCAAGAUGAACUCCUCCUUGGUCGGCAACCAGAGCGGCCGGCCCUUCUGUCUCCUGGCCAUUAGCUACUUGGAGACCAUCAAUUUCUGCCUCCUGGAAGUGGUUAUUAUCGUGUUCCUCAUGGUGCUGAUUAUUUCGGGCAACAUUAUUGUCAUCUUUGUCUUUCACUGUGCGCCUCUGCUGAACCACCACACCACCAGCUACUUCAUCCAGACUAUGGCGUAUGCUGACCUCCUGGUGGGCGUGAGCUGCCUGGUGCCUUCUUUGUCUCUGCUGCACUAUCCUAUUGUUUUAAGUGAGUCCUUGGUUUGCCAAAUCUUUGGUUACGUGGUGUCGGUGCUGAAGAGCGUCUCCAUGGCCUCUUUGGCUUGCAUCAGUAUUGACAGAUACAUCGCCAUCACCAAGCCGCUGACCUACAACACGCUGGUUACCCCGUGGAGACUUCGGGUCUGCAUCCUGAUGAUUUGGCUAUACUCCUGCCUGGUCUUCUUGCCCUCCUUCCGCUGGGGAAAACCUGGAUAUCACGGGGAUGUGUUUCAGUGGUGUGCCAGCUCCUGGAACACCGAUCGCUAUUUUACCCUCUUCAUCGUGGUGAUGCUCUAUGCCCCGGCCGCUUUCAUCGUCUGCUUCACUUACUUCAACAUCUUCCGCAUCUGCCAGCAGCACACCAAGGAGAUCAACGAGAGGCGGGUGCGCUUCAGCUCUCAGGACGGGGAGGCUGGGGAGGCACAGCCUUGCCCGGACAAGCGCUACGCCAUGGUUCUUUUCCGCAUUACCAGCGUCUUCUACAUCCUCUGGUUGCCCUACAUAAUCUAUUUUCUGCUGGAGAGCUCCAACGUCUACAGUAACCGUGUCGCGUCCUUCUUGACCACUUGGCUUGCCAUUAGCAACAGUUUCUGCAACUGUGUCAUUUACAGUCUCUCCAACAGUGUCUUUCAGAAGGGGCUUAAGCGUCUCUCGGGGGCGAUUUGUGCCUCCUGUGCGAGACAGAGGGUAGCUAAGGACUCCUCUACCUCUAGGAGCAAAAGAUCUUCCAAUGGAUGUCAUGUCUAAGACGCCUGUCGGCUGGACUGGGAAGUGCAGGGACCAUUCUGUAAAUUGAAAAAUAGGUUAAAUAUGUUUUUAAGGUGUCCAGAUUUGCAAAAAGGUUUCUGAAAAUUGCUGCUGACAUGGAAGAAUCAGGAGCACAUAUCAUUGUGAUUUCGCUUUAAAAAAAACACUGCUGUGGAGGAGGCUGCGGAGUUUUACCUCCAUGUUCGUUUUUAAGAAUAAAGCUGUAUCUUGACACUUACCUCUCCAGCUGGUGUGACUGAAUGGAGUGGGUGUCUGAGAGCUUCGGCAAGAUGUAGUCUUUCUUUACAGCUUUACUAGGUUCUCUCGAGCUUCGUGCUUCACAUGUAAAUGAUAGAUCUGAAGUGGAAAUGUCACAGUAUAUGGUAUAUUACAGGGAUUUUUUAAUAUAUGCCAAAGUAUAUUAACACAAUGUUUCCAGCAUCGUUGCAGAAGGGGCCAAACAAUUUGUUUUUCAUUGCUACCUAGACAGGACCUCUAGAGCAGUAGUGAACGAUGCGAACGCUGUAGUGUGAACUUAAAGUCUUACUGAGCCGUGAGUGCAGCGAUGUGAUCUGAACGGUCGUACGCUUGGGAGGGCUGAGCUGGCUUCCGUGCCCCGUUUCACUGGUAGGGUGCAUGUACAGCGUCUGCAUUUUCCUGUUUGUCAUGAAGUAAGAGAAAAACUUGGAUCAGACCAGAUCUAGCAGCUAAACAAAAUGUGUUUUGAUAAGCUAAGGAAAAAAAAAAUAGAUGUAGCUUUAUGAUAGCAGAGUUGUGGCAGCCGCUCGAGGAUGGUGCCAACAGCUGAAAAUUAUUCUCAAAACAGUGGAGAAAUGCCAUGGGUUUGCAUGUGGAAAUUUUCUCAAGAGCAACUUUAAAAAUAACAUGUCCCUUUUUUUUUUUUAAUCUAAAUUCUUCUGAUAUUUUACAUACUGGAACUUAAGGGGAAAGGAAAGAAAACAAUUGUCUUCUAAACAGCUAAGGGAACUAUGCUGUAAAUGUAACUGUAGUAUUUGAGUUAUUCCUAAGUGCACAGAGCUAAAUGAGAGACAUUUUUCUUUAGCCUUCGUGGGAUUAAAGAAGGUUCGAAUAUAGCAGGGGCUAAAUCCUGUUGGCGAACGCGUAUCUAACUGGUUAGAGUCGAUAACUGAGCAACAAAAUCCCAUUGACCACAGCUUUUUCAAGAUAUUUGAGUACCGUAAUGCCGUUCAGAAGGCAACGUGGCCCUCAGAUAGAUCAGCUCUUCGAAAGAAUAUUCUGGGCUUUUCACUGAUGGCCAUAUUGGAAAAUGUAUUGGAACCGUGUAAUAAUGGAUUAUAGUCUGCAUCGUCCUUUCUCACUCCAUCCCUGUUCAGGGGUAUCCCCUGCUGUGCUCUGGUCUGCGAGGAGGUUGUGCACUGUGACCAUCCGCAGUUUGUUUCCUUGAUUGCGCUUCCAGGCGGUGCUGGGAGCCUGGGGGAUUCCGUGAGCUCGUGUCUUGGAGCUGGUGCAUGCUGUUAGUGAGAGCGGGAAUGAAAGAGAGUAGGGAAAAGUAAUUUGAUAUUUUAGAAUUGGAGUAAUUCUCUCGGCUAAAGGGAAGGCUGUAUUUGUGUUAAAUGGUUUCAGGUCUACUGUUGUUACGGAUCAAGGUCGUUCUCUCUCUAGUACCUCUCCCCUGUCCCUCCCACGAGCGUGCACGUGCCUCCUCGCUGGUCUGCUGGGACCCUGUCCUCUCAUCUUCUGUGCUUUGCCCUGGAACAUAACAGUCUGUGUCUGCCCCGUGUUUGCACGUGCAGCGCUUGCUGCAGCCCAUCCUGCUCGCUGCCCAGCCGUGUUUACUCUAGUGCAGUUUGGUGAGGCUGCCAGGGAGGAAAUAGGGAAGGGAAGAGAGCGCGGCAGGAUGAAGCGCUCCUGGCGUGGCUCGUACGUGUCAGCACGCGUUGCUGACAGACACGAGUUCCCCUUACGCACGUGUGUGUGUACCAGUUCCUGGGGAGGGCAGCGCAGAACCCUCACUGUUGCUGCCUGGUUUGGGUCGAGAGCCCUGUUACAAAGCACGUUGACUCCCAUCGUGGUCUGCUUUCAGCGUAUUUCAUCCCUAGUCUAAACCCCUCAAGAUACACUUCCUCCUUAGUUCCCCUGAAAUUUUAAGGUUGUCUCAGCCCUGAUGCCUUCAUGAUGACAUUUCUUCUUCUGUUGAGUGACGAGACAGUGUGUGGAGCCAGAGCUGGUGCUGUGCUCCGUGCACCGACCUGCCGGAGGUGAUUCUUCCUGCAGAGCUCCUGGUCGUAGGCGCAGACGGCUGUGGGAGAGUGGGGGUAAGGGUGUACUGAGUCAUUUAUAUGCAGCAUAAUAAGCUCACAGCCCAUCAGCUGGCUAAUUGUUCUCCAGCGUUCUGUAGGUAUUAUGGCAGAGGUGGGCUUUGGGGAACAAUUCCAGGGCUUUAGUCACUAAUGUCAUGUGUGGUAUUUUUGGAACAGUCUCUCAGGUGAACUCCUAAUAGCUUUGCUCUGACUCUUCACCUUAUCUAACAUUUCUAAAGCUUUGAAGUGAUGCGAUCUAUCAUUCAAAUAGCAUUUGAUUAAAUUGAAUAGGAGAAAAGAAUCUGCCAGGGCCUAAAACCUUGGGAAUUGGCAAAUUCGGGUUUAGGUGGAAGUUGGAGAGUGAAGAUUGUUGCUUUUUUUUUUUUUUUGGAUGGUGUGGAUUUAAAUAGGAGCGUUGCGUGCUGGGCUUUGAGAAUAUGGAGAAUUUAAAAGUGGUGAGCCGUCUAAAGCAUGGGAUAGAGCUUUAACUGGAGCUGGAGCAGUUGCUGCUUCUGCCCUAAGCCUGGAAUUGUCCUUACAGCAUGGUGGUGGUUGCAGAUGCAGAUACGUGUGUGCAGCUGUUGUUGCUUUGCAGCUCAGGUUCAGCUAUAACGUUCCUCACAGGCUCUUGCUGUGUUGGCUCACCCAUCUCAGAGGCUUCAUCAGCUCAGUUGAUUUCUGAGAGAGGUGAAAAUCAGAGUCUGGAAGUCUCCAAGAGGCGGGGACAGAAGGGAGUUGCAGCCAAUCGAUGCAUUCAUGUUUCAUCCAGUGUUUUUGCUGUUACCUCAGUAGCUUAAUUUUAGUGUCAAAUAUUUCUGGUUUUGUCUGUGUUAAUUUAUUGAUUUGUUUUUUUAUUUUAUUUUAAGUUACUUUGUUUUCUCGAGGUGAAUUUAAUGUCCAUCUGGGUCAUUUGUCUGUGUCAUAAUGUCCAUCACAUUUGUCUGUGAUGAGAUGUUUUAAAUAUUCAUAACACUGGAGCCCAUCGUCUUCAGUGUAAUUGCACGAGGGUGAAUCUCCUCCACUGUGCCAACUGCGGAAGAACCGAUUUUGGAAUGCAUGAUCUUCUUUGCUCAGAAGUCCAUUGAACAUCCUUUGUCGUGGAGGUAACAGGAGGCACAGCAGUCCCGUUCAUCCCAGGCCUGGCUGGGAUUGUUAGGCAGCACGCUCUCCAGUCGGAUCGCUUUCAUUAUUGUACUCAUGAAACUAAUCCUUUCCUGGCUGGAUUUGCAUCCGCCUGUGCCUGGUGCUUUAGAAAUGGGUACCAGGAGCAUUGCACAGAUACAUGCGGCGCUGAGGAGAGAAAUCAAAUUACAUCUUCAUAAAAACUCUGUUGUGAUGUGAUUAAAUGAACUAAUUUUGAAGUUCCAUCUCAGACUAUAAAUUUAUUUUUUUAUUAGGGUUAUCUGCCUCACUUUUCGAUUAAGCUGCUAGGAGGCUCGCUUUGCAGGAUGCGAUUGAGCAGUGUGUUUUAGUACCAUGGGAAGGGUUUCUGUAUGCACUGCUUCUCAGCAGGCGAUAAUUCGCUUCAUUGAGAACUCAUCAUGUUUUUAAACAAAGUUUACUGGAAAUUUUGGUUGUGAUGAUAUUUUCAUAUUCCAAAUAGGCUGGGAGAAAACCUGUGGAAUAUAUAUUUUUUGGUUAAUCUCUGGUCAAGUGUCAGUGUUUUU